AAAGAAAACUAUAAUAUCUUCUGAUAAAAAUUGUGGUAAAUAAAAAUUACUACAGUUAUUAUUUCAAGUAAUAAUUUCUGGAGUGCUCGUGCGUGUUCAAACACGGUGAAAAAUGUCGUUUCCCGAUAGAGAGCAGCGGAAAACAUGUUGGGACUCCAGAGAUCGUUACUGGGAAUGCCUAGAUAAAGAAAAUGUUAAAGAUAGCUCCGAGAAACCAAAGGCAUGCUUGGAUUUAAGGAAAAUGUUUGAAAAGUCUUGUCCUACUCAGUGGGUCUCGCAUUUCGAUAGAAAAAGAGACUUUAACAUGUAUAAAGAGAAAAUCCAGAAAGAAGGCUAUGAACCCAUUAAGGAAUCAUAGUUAUAUGAAUUAUAAUUAAUUUGAUUUGAUAUUGUAAAUAUAGACAUUGUAGUAAAUUAUGUUUUAUCAAUAUU